AAAUAGUGGGGAAGGAAAGUGGAGGGCUGGAUCUGGACUUUUUAAGGAUUUAGGUUUGGUGACCUCACUCAGCUGUGGGGAGAUCAGGGAGGAGAUGUCUCAAUUGUCCUCUAGCAGCCAAGGAGAGGGAGGUGUGUUCCUGGCAGAAGGCACAGCCUGUCCGAAGGGCUGGCAGCACAAGAGAGUCUGCAGUUUGGGACUUGCGGCCAGAAUGGGGAGUAAGUGGGGUUAGGUUCGGGGGUUAAGGAUGGGCACAAGGGAAACGAUGGGUGAUAAGGAGGGCUGCUGGGCUUCUGGCCUGGGAGAACUGGGAGGACGGUGGCACUCGUCUCUGUGAUGGGGACAAGGGAGGAAGAGCAGACUCGAGGGAAAUGCUGAGCUGAAUUGGAACCGAGUCGCCGGGGAGCACCGAGGGGAGGAGGCAGCUGGCUGGAAGGAGUUGGGCUGGAGGCGUGGACCUGGUUCCCCAUAAGGCUGCACUGAGGACCCCCUUGACUGUGGCAAUGGAGGGGGGCCCGGCGGUCUGCUGCCAGGACCCUCGGGCUGAGCUGGUGGAUCGAGUGGCAGCCAUUGAUGUGACCCACUUGGAGGAGACGGAUGGCAGCCCUGAGCCUCCCAGGAACUGUGUGGACCCUCCGUCACGGGCCAGAGCAGCCUCCGUGAUCCCCGGCGUUGCUUCAAGACACCCUGCAACCCGGCCCAGCCUCUCGACAAGGAAGUUCUCUCUGCAGGAACGGCCAGCGGGGAGCUGCCUGGAGGCCCAGGCUGGGCCUUACGCCACAGGGCCUGCCAGUCACAUUUCCCCGCGGGCCUGGCGCAGGCCCACCAUUGAGUCCCACCACGUGGCCAUCUCGGAUGCAGAGGACUGUGUACAGCUGAACCAGUAUAAGCUGCAGAGUGAGAUUGGCAAGGGUGCCUACGGUGUGGUGAGGCUGGCCUACAAUGAAAGUGAAGACAGACACUAUGCCAUGAAAGUUCUUUCCAAGAAGAAGUUACUGAAGCAGUACGGCUUCCCACGUCGGCCUCCCCCAAGAGGGUCCCAGGCUGCCCAGGGAGGCCCAGCCAAGCAGCUGCUGCCCCUGGAGCGGGUGUACCAGGAGAUUGCCAUCCUGAAGAAGCUGGACCACGUGAAUGUGGUCAAGCUGAUCGAGGUCUUGGAUGACCCAGCUGAGGACAAUCUCUAUUUGGUGUUUGACCUCCUGAGAAAGGGGCCGGUCAUGGAAGUACCCUGCGACAAGCCCUUCCCCGAGGAGCAAGCUCGCCUCUACCUGAGGGACAUCAUCCUGGGCCUUGAGUACUUGCACUACCAGAAGAUCAUCCACAGGGACAUCAAGCCAUCAAACCUGCUUCUGGGGGACGACGGGCACGUGAAGAUCGCUGACUUCGGUGUCAGCAACCAGUUCGAGGGGAACGACGCUCGGCUGUCCAGCACCGCUGGGACUCCAGCGUUCAUGGCCCCAGAGGCCAUUUCAGACUCCGGCCAGAGCUUCAGUGGAAAGGCCUUGGAUGUGUGGGCCACAGGGGUCACGCUGUACUGCUUUGUCUAUGGGAAGUGCCCGUUCAUCGACGAUUACAUCCUGGCCCUGCACCGCAAGAUCAAGAACGAGGCCGUCGUGUUCCCCGAGGAGCCAAAGGUCAGCGACGAGCUCAAAGACUUAAUCCUGAAGAUGCUAGACAAGAACCCCGAAACGAGAAUUGGGGUGCCAGACAUCAAGUUGCACCCCUGGGUGACCAAGAAUGGGGAGGAGCCCCUUCCCUCGGAGGAGGAGCACUGCAGCAUGGUGGAGGUGACGGAGGAGGAGGUGAAGAACUCGGUCAGGCUCAUACCCAGCUGGACCACGGUGAUCCUGGUUAAGUCCAUGCUGAGAAAGCGUUCCUUUGGCAACCCAUUCGAGCCCCAGGCACGGAGGGAAGAGCGAUCCAUGUCCGCCCCAGGAAGCUUACUGUCGAAAGAUGGGUUUGGCGAAGGAGGCAAAAGCCCAGAGCUGCCCGGCGUCCAAGAAGACGAGGCUGCGUCCUGAGCCCCCCGCAUGCGCCCAGGGCCGCCCGGCAGCACGCUCAUCCCGCGCCUCCAAAGGCCCACCGCCCUCAUGCCAACAGCCGCCCCUGCCGGCAGGGGGCUGAGGACUGUGGCCCCUCUCCCGGCCCUCCUCCCCCGUCUGCAUGACCUCCGCGCGCACGUGUCCAGGGACAGGAUCGGAAUGUGUGUCACUGGGGUGUAGGGGGUGGGUAGGGCUCCCACAAGGCCUUUCUCUUCGUCCUGGCUCUCCCUGGCGGGACUCAUCCUUUGCGGAAGCUCGGUGCCCGUGGUGCCUUAGAAACCCCGCCGGGCCGGUCGGCAAGGCCCAGGGGCAGGAGGCAGGAAACCGAGAAGCUGAGCGGGGAGCCUGAAGAGGCCAGGUGGGCGUGGCUCCGCGGCCGCACG